GAAUGCUUCCUCUUGAGGCCAUACAAUUUUUCUGAAUACUCUUUCUUCUUCUCCUUCUCUACAAUUUCAAUCAAACCUUCCAAAAACCCUAAAAAGAAGUUGGAUUCAGAUGUCGGACAGAGAAGAUACCGAUUCGGAUGCCCCUGAGGAGUUCACUGCCGAGCAGGGAGUACAGCAGGAUGAAGAGAUUAGAAAAGUUCAAAAAGAAAGUAAAGCUAGGGUUGUUCGUGAAGGGAAAGAACGUCGUAGACUGUGGGCUGAAAAGAAAACACCACGCCCAUCUAAAAAGGGUGAGACCGUUGAAGAUUUAGCAGAACCUCCUAGAGAUCAUCAUGAUCAAAUUAGCAAGUUGGGAAUGCUUCCUAGUAAUAUUGUCCAACUGCUUGUAGACCGUGAGAAACAAGUUUUCUCAUCAGAUCCGAGCGACGAAAAGCCCGCAAUUAAACCAAAAUCAAAGAGGAAGAAAACCAAAAGCUCUGGGAUUGAAACGGUUCUUUUAAGCGAAAGAACGCCAUCUCAAUGUUUACACAACUCUUUGGAAUUUUUGAAGAAGAGGAAGAUGAAUAUCACAAGAUCAUCAUCGGUUCUCGACAAUCCUAACCAAGCGUUACGGCUUCUUUCUACAUCUGGCUUACUAAUUAAGAAAUAGUAUUUGUUUCAAAGUCUAUUUGUUGCAUCUCUGUUAGCUUCGCGGGACAAUGUAUAAUGUAUUUGAGAAUUGGUUGCUGAGAGCAAGAAGGUUUAUUGAGUUCUUAUAAUGGUCAUAGCGUACCAGAAAUUGAAAAUGGUGUGAGCAUUAAUGCUGUUCGGACCGGGGGCUUGUCUUUGAAUACGUUUAAAUUAAAAAAAAAAAAAAUCAUUUACCUAACAAGUUGAAAUAACUU